AUGGUUGGCGGCUUGUGCGCUCGCAGGUUGGCCCGCCGGUCGCGGUCCGCCCUGAUCGCAGCCCUCACGGUGCUGCUGGUGCAGACGCUGAUUGUGUGGAACUUCAGCAGCCUCGACUCCGGCGAAGACAGGGAAAACGGAGGCUCCAACGUGCGGGAGAAGAGGGACCGGGUCGCGGGCAACAAAGCAGCCGCUGGCAGCGACUAUUUCCAGCACGGGGUCCAGCAGCGGCAGCGGCAGCAUCUUCCCCCGCCUGGGAAAGGGACGUCUCGACACAUACAGCAGCCGGAUGUAUUUUACUCCCACCGGCCGAAGGAGAAAAAUCGAGUGGACAGCAACAACGAGAACUCCGUGCCCAAAGACUUUGAGAACAUAGACAAUAGUAACUUUGGUGCGCGCUCACAGCCACACAGGCAGUCAGUGGGCGCCACCAGCAGCAAGCAGCAGCGGGAGCAUCUGCAGGAGAAGGCCCACGCCCAGCAGCAGGCAUGGCGGGACAACUCCCCGAGUCUGGGCCGCAGCUCCAACGAAGUGCUGCCCGUAGGCCACCAGUCGCUGGCAGUCGGCAGCAACGCCUCCUACGCAGGAGGUCAGGGUGUCGCCGGAGUGUCGCGGCAACACUACCGUACCUCGCAGGCCCAGCAGGCCCAGUCGCAGCACAGACAUCAGCACCCGCACAGGAGGCAGGCCACCGCCGCGCCGCUGGAGGUGACCUACGACCAGCCGCCCAAGUGCGAGAUCGGCGGGAAGGAAGCCAUCUCGGCUCUGUCCAGAGCGAAGAGCAAGGAGUGCCGGCAGCAGAUCGCUGAGGUGUACUGCAGACACCGGGAAGGGCAGCUGAUGCCGGAGAAGGUCACCCGCUACUGCCCCCUCGAGGGUAAAGCCAAUGUUAACAUCCAGUGGGAUGAGGACUCUGCGGAGAGCUUUCCAUCAAAACCAGUCAGAAUAGCGUUUGUCCUGGUGGUCCACGGACGAGCAUCUCGGCAGUUUCAUCGCCUCUUCAAAGCCAUCUACCAUACGUCACACUACUACUACAUACACGUUGAUCAGCGUUCUAAUUACCUGCACAGGCAGGUGCACACCUUGGCUGCCCAGUAUCCAAAUGUGAGGGUGACACCGUGGCGCAUGGCCACCAUCUGGGGUGGUGCCAGUCUGCUGACCAUGUAUCUCCGCAGUAUGGCUGACCUGCUGGCUAUGAGGGACUGGAGCUGGGAUUUCUUUAUCAACCUCAGUGCUGCCGACUACCCCAUCAGAACCAACAACCAGCUGGUGGCCUUCCUGUCCAAGUACAGAGACAUGAACUUCAUCAAGUCCCACGGCAGGGACAACGCCAGGUUUAUCCGUAAGCAGGGUCUGGAUCGUCUGUUCUUUGAGUGCGACACCCACAUGUGGAGGCUGGGGGACCGUAAAAUCCCAGAAGGCAUCUCGGUGGACGGCGGCUCCGACUGGUUCCUUCUCAACCGAAUGUUCAUCGAAUACGUCAUCAACUCCAAGGACGACCUGGUCACCAACAUGAAGCGCUUCUAUGCCUACACUCUGCUGCCAGCCGAGUCGUUCUUCCACACGGUGCUGGAGAACAGUGCCCACUGUGAGAGCAUGGUGGAUAACAACCUGCGUAUCACCAACUGGAACCGCAAAUUGGGCUGCAAGUGCCAGUACAAGCACAUCGUGGACUGGUGCGGAUGCUCCCCUAAUGACUUCAAGCCUGCAGACUUUCACCGCUUCCAGCAAACGGUGCGGCCUACCUUCUUUGCCAGGAAGUUUGAAGCCAGCGUGAACCAGGAGAUAGUGAACCAGCUGGACGCCUACCUCUUCGGACCGUUACCCCAGGGGAUGCAGGGCCUAAACUCAUACUGGGAGAACAUGUAUGACGAGCCAGAUGGCGUGGCCAGUCUGUCUGACACGCAGCUCACGUACUUCCACUCCUUCUCUCGGCUGGGCCUGGCCAGAGCUGCCGCCUCGCUGCAGGGAAACCCAAAGGAUCACAGCUGCAGGUACUUCCCUAUGGGCCACCCGGUGUCAGUGCACCUCUACUUCCAGUCAGACCAGUUCCAGGGCUACCUGGUCAAGCACCACGCCACCAAUCUGGCAACCAGCAAGCUGGAGACCAUGGAGACAUGGGUGGCACCCAAGAAGAACUUUAAGAUAACCACGCCUCCCAGCAGCACAUUCAGCAGGUUGCAGUUCGCCGAGAUCGGUACUGAGUGGGACGCCAAAGAGCGCUUGUUCAGGAACUUCGGCGGCCUGCUGGGCCCCAUGGACGAGACGGUGGGCAUGCAGAAGUGGAGCAAGGGUCCUAACGUCACCGUCACCGUGGUGUGGAUCGACCCCACGAACGUCAUCGCCGCCACUUACGACAUUCUGAUCGACGCCAGCGCCGAGUACACCCACUACCGCCCGCCGCUCAACCAGCCUCUGCGGCCCGGCGUGUGGAGCGUCCGCAUCCUGCACCACUGGAGUCCCGUGGCUGAGAUGCACUUCCUCAUCGCCCCGAUGGCCUAUAACAAGCACCAGCCCAUACGCCAAGAGGAUACUCUAAGGCUCCACAACGGCCCGGUGAAGAACAGCUACAUGGAGCAGAGUUUCCACGGCCUCAACCCGGUGCUCAACAUCCCGGUCAGCCUGGGCUACGUGGAGCAGGCCAAGAGGAACGCGGCCCUGACCGGCCCGGAGCUGGAGCGCUGGUUAGACAGCCUGGUGGGCGAGCUGUGGGAGGCAGCUGACGUCUGCGCCGUGGGCCCUACCGCCUGCCCGGUCAUGCAGGCCUGCCUCAAGAACCCUUGGAGCUCCCUGAGCCCAGACCCCAAAUCCCAGCUGGGAACGCCGCGCGCAGAUGGGCGAAUCAGGUAGCAGCGAGGCCUCCAGCUGGACAGGAGGCCGCGGCACAGGAGAUUCACUGUUGAUUUUUAUUUAUUUAAGGGGUUCGUCGCGGGCGAGGGGAGAAAAAGUGUUCUUCCUCUGUCUCGGGAGCAGAAGGAAACAAAAGAGAGAGCGGAUUUCUUCGGGAGGUUGGUGAGGGUGUCUGGACAGAAAGCGAGGAGAAUGAUUUUCAGAUCCUCCCACGGGGUUCCUCCUUUUAGGGGAUUAUGCUGGCUUUGCUAUUUCAGUUUCUCAGUGUAUUUAUUUUUCUUCUCAUGGCUGAGUUUUACUGUGAUCAAACGUUGCAAUUUUUCGAGCAUUUAUUUUGCUGCUGAAUGAAUUAUGAAGUCAGCUUUUAAAGCCCUGCACGGGGCACAGCGGUCAUGUGACACUGGUGGCAGAAGACGUUCUGCUGCAAAAAGGCCUUAGCAGUAUGAGGAGGUAGCCUGGUACUGAGAGAAAUGUGCCUCCCUAAAGUGUAUGUCCACAUAAGCAAAAUGAAACGAUAUCUGAGGGUUAGAAAAUAAACACAACACCCAAAUACAAAACCGAAAUGAACGACUCAAAAUGCAGCGACAAUAAAAGCAAAUUUCCCCUUUAUGGAGAAAUUUUAAAGGAAUAUUUUAGCAUUAUUGAAUCUAAUUACUUCAAAACUAUUGAGUUUCUGAUACUUCAGUGACUCGAUUUGUAAAUCAGUAGGAAAAAAACAGUAACAGCAGUAAAAUGUGUCUCAGUUCAGUGCCUGAUCAGGAUGUGGAACUGUUGAGGCCGGCUAACCAUCUGCUGCAAUCACAUUUCAUAAAUAUGGAAAAAGAGAAAUGCAAAAUACAGAGGCCUUUUCAGAAUAAUUAUACCUAUUUGGAUUAUAAUAGAAAUUUAUUAUAGAAUUUUAGUAGAGCUGCAAUGAUUAGAAGACUUAUCUCUUAGAAAAAUAAUCGCCAACUAUUUAAUAAUCGAUGAAUCGGUCAUUUUUCAUGCAAAAAAUUGCAGGAAAACCUGAUUUCAGCCUCUUAAAUAUGAAUAUUUCAUGCUUUUCUCUGUUUUGUGUUAUUAAACUGAAUAUCUUUGGCUUUUGGACUGACGAAACAAGACAUUUAAAGACAUCACUUUGGACUUUGAGGAGCUAGGAUGGACAGUUUUCACUAUUUUAUGGCAUUUUAUAGGCCAAACAAUUAAAUCAAUUCAUGGAGAAAAUGAUUGGCAGAUUAAUUAACAGUUAGUUGCAGCCCUAUACAUUUUAGUCUUCUCAGUUCAUAAAUGCUUCGUUAGUGUUUGUUGUAUUAUAGUAUAAUUUGAAGACUUAACAUACACGUAGUGAAGGUUUAUUUUAAUGAAACCCAGAUGUUGUGACAGGCAGAUGACGUCUUGGUUUUCUUACCAACCUGCCUCAAACUUGAACCACAAUUAUCUCAAGCUGACCUUAAAAUUCUCAUUGUCGUUUUUAGUGUUUUUUACUUUCUUCCAGUCAUUUCAAUGACACUCUAUGUUGUAUAUGAUUUUACAAAAAUCUCAAAAGUUGUGUGAAUGAGGGGGUGGUGAGUCCAUGAGUCGCUAUUUAUUUAUAAGUUUAUAUUAAUACUGAUAUUUUUAGUCAGUGACUAAAUAACUGCGACGCUGCCUUGGCAGCAUGAUAAAUAUUUUUUUGUAAAGAAAGCCGCCUUUAUUUACAAAGGCCAACACCCCAAACUUAUACUGUACCUUUUUAUGGCCCGCACCUGUGUGUUAGUCAGUGUUGUCCUGUCUGAAUAGAUCUUCUUGUCUUGGUUUUCUUACAUGGCUGUUUGCCAAGUGCAUCACAAGAGAAAGCCACCCUGACCCGAGAGGUCAGAGGUCAGCUACCUAACAACCUCACCAAACAGCGAAAGGUGAACAAAAACUUCACAAGCGAACACAACGGACGCCGUCUGGAAUGGAAGGAAUCUGUGCUUCUAGGUGUUUUACGGUUCAGAAUGAUAGUGAGUGGCCGUGAUCUUCAUGCUGUGACAAUAAUGUACAAUUUCAAGUGAAUAUUAUAUCGUGUCUUGAUUGCAAAAUGCAUAAUUUAUUAGAUCAACUUUACAUUUGAAGUACCUUUUUUUCUGCCAUCAAGACAAUCUCCGGACAUUUGAGACGAGUUAAUUACGCCGAGGGUAGCUCGCAAAACACAUUCUGAACGAGAGGUACGCUCGCAUAUUUGUUUUACUUUGAAAUAAGUUUCAUCUGAAGUCAAUUAAGAGUUCAAUCUGUGAUUGUCAACAAUGUUUAGCCACCACACGAGCUAAGUGAGUGUUCCCGCACAGGCUAAUUAAGAGACAUUACUGUUCAUUAACGUCGAGUUCACCUUGCCUCGCUGUCAGAUGUGUCUGUUAGAGUCUCUUCACUCCUCUCCCUCUCACAUCGACACUGUUUCUGGGCUCGGGGUUGUAAAGGACAAUUUUUGUUUUUUCACUGGCCGGCUUCUGCUGCCAACCUUUUAACUUCUAGUGCCACCGUGCUCAGAACAACUACUUCACACAAUACAUAUUAUUAUGUAAGCUCAAUGACAGUUUUGGAAAAAGGUGAAUUAAAUAAAUGUAACUCAAUGUGGAAGUCCUAUUUUGUAACAAAAUGAUUAACAAAUGAAGAAGAUGUACAUAGGUAUUUUGUAUUGAAAUAUUGUUCAAAGGUAUUGUACAUGUAAAUACAGAUGUGGUAAAAUGACAUUGAAUUAUUAAGAGUUUUUGAAGUGUCAGAUAACUGGGCACAAAGAGUGAAUUGAUGGUGUUUAUUGAUCAAAGUACAUAACCUGUUUCAGUGUUUUUGGACAGCUGUGACAACAACCUUGUCCUAUUUGCCUCUCAGAGAAAAUCACAUGCCAGAUUGUUGUUGUUCUUGCUGGAAUGUAUUGUUGAGCAACCGUUGCACAAAUUUCUCUGAACUGACGUUUCCCCCGUUAUUUUUUCCGGGGAGGCUCUGUGUGCCUUAGCUGACUUUUAGAACCUUCUCUGUCCAUUAAAAGAAAAACCUUUAUUUUGUUAUUUGUUUUGAUCUUAUGUGAAGAAUACCAUGAGUUUGUCGAGUGAUUCACUGGUACUGCAACACCAAAAAGAUGUCUGCUGUUGUAUAUAUCAUCAGGCCUUCUGUCUUUAUCAGCUUUUAUUUUUUUCUUCCCUCCGGGGGAUUUGUUUUGUUGUACUUGACUGGCUUGUCUUACUUUUCUCUGACUGCUUUUUGGAAAUAAAAUUCUAUGGAAAAACAG